AUGUUGACACUUUCAUCAACAAAGCCGACGACAUCGUUCACCAGGUGUUCAUCAAUUUUCGGCGCGGCACAACCCCUCGCAACAAGCAGCAGCCGGAGGACUUCCAGAGCCCGUCACGCGGGUGCUGUCCUCGCAAGGGCGUCCACGGACACCAAGCCAGAGAUUGCAAAGGUUGCAGACAGCAUCGGUCUGCCUACAGAUGAGGGCCUUUUUGGCUUCAAGCCAUUCCCAGAGGUGUGGGUGGGCCGCCUCGCCAUGAUGGGCUUCCUGACCUCCGUAGUGGAAGAGUUCAUCACAGGCAAGGGAACUCUCCGCCAGAUUGGCUUCGAGACCCCCUCCACACCCCUCUUCGCCUUCCUCCUGGUCUUCUUUGGAGGCCUGACAGCCGUUGCAUCAGCCCGCACCCUCUACAAGGCCACAAACAAGCAGAUGACCGCCACGGAGCUGGUGAGGUACAGGCAGUUUCUGGGCAUUCAGAAGGAGGACCAGAACAUUGCAGAGGAGCAGGCCAAGCUCAAGCAGAGCUUUGCUGCUGGCACAGACGUCGCCUCUCCCGACAAUCUGAAGACCAUUGCUGCUGCCAAGGACGCCGGCACCCCAGCGGACAAGGUGCUGGGAGGCACAGAGCCAGUGCAGUUCUCAGGCAAGCUGGAGAGGGAGCCCAGGGAUGGGGGCAUCUUUGGGGCCAACGUGGAGGCAGAGGCAGCCAGAGAGGCAGCUGCGAUGAAGCGGAGGGAACAGGCCGGCAUGCCCGCCCCCUCCAUCUCUCUCUCAGCCAAGCAGGACAUCCUGGAACAGAGCAGCCAAGUUAACAGCGACUUCGACUAUGCGAGAAAUGUGGAGCUCACAAACGGCAGAUGGGCGAUGAUUGGGUUUCUGACAGCCAUCAUCAUUGAAGCUGCAACUGGCCGCGGCAUCCUUGUCCAGUUGAUCGGCUAUGCCAAGGCCCUCAAUCUGCUGGGCCCCGCAUCUGGUGUGGACCUGUAA